UUUAGUUUAUUUGGUACUUUGAUCAUCGUCUUCCAUGGCCAGGAAAAUGGCAGUGCAGGGAGCAUUAUUAGGGUUUUUUGCAGCCACUGAAAUUGUUUUCCAGUUAGCCAUGGCGGUGGACCACACGGUCGGAGCUCCGAACGGUGGUUGGGACACAAGCACCGAUCUCGCUACUUGGGCUGGAUCCCAGAGUUUUGCCGUAGGGGAUAAUCUGGUCUUCCGGUACACCUCGAACCACGAUGUGGUUGAGGUGACGCAGACAAACUACGACUCGUGCUCGACGAUUAACUCGAUCGGUACUCACACUGGUGGCAACACGGUCAUAGCUUUGUCGUCACCGGGGAAGCGUUACUUCAUAUGUGGAAUACCAGGACAUUGCAACCAAGGAAUGAAGGUUGAAAUCGAUACCUUGGCGUCAUCAGGGACACCCCCAGGAUCGACUCCUGGCACUCCGUCGUCCCCCGAAGUUCCAUCGGCUGAAUCACCCGGAAGCUCUCCACCCCCACCGCCUCCGGCAUCGUCUAACGGUGUCGGUUUGAAGGCAUGCCUCGCAGUGGGAUUUGGGCCAUUUGGCCUCAUGCUGAUGAUGCUUUUGGCCAUCUAGGGCCUAUAAGCCUUAUGAGAUUCUUUUCUUUGCGAGAAUCUUCAAAUAAUUGCAUCUUUGUGAUUCAUUUCCCCCC